AAUUUAAGUAUGGGUAAAUUUUAUCUGAUCUUUUUUUUUUAUGAUCUCGUUGUACUCCCCCUCCUUAUUCUUUGGCUGAUUAAUACUUUUAAAAAAGUCUAGUAGGAAUUUUGUCUUUCUUUUUCUUCUUUUUUCUUCUUUGUUUUGUAAAUAUAAACAUGUCCUUCAAAGAAAACAUUACAGAACAAACGCCACUUUUAUCCCCUUCUUCUUCCAAUAAUUGCUGUUCAGAAAACGAUUGCUGCCGAAACAAAAAGAAUGAUGUAGCAGUUGACAUCAAUACAGGACAAGACGACCUAACAUGUCAACUAUCAAAUAAGCCAUGGAAAUACAAAAUAGUUGCUCUGUUAUGUGCUAUGUUUUUAGCAAUGGGCAGCCAUUUUGCAGCACAUACUUUAGGCGCCAUGAAGUCGACUAUUAAAAAGGAAUUUGGUAUUUCGAAUUCGCAAUAUGGCAUACUUCAGUCAAGUGUCUCAAUUGUCAAUACUAUUUUACCACUUAUUGGUGGCAUAUUUAUUGAUGCAUUUGGUACUAUCCCUGGCUCUAUUAUGACAACUGUCUUGAUUGCUACUGGAAAUAUUUUAGUAGCUGCUUCUACGUCAACAGCUAACCUGUCCAUGAUGAUCUUGGGUCGCAUCCUGUACGGUAUUGGAAGUGGUACAGUCGUCAUUGUUCAGGAAACCAUUCUCAGUCAAUGGUUUCAGGGUCGGAGCCUUGCAGCUGUAAUAGCCCUGAUGAUGACCAUCAGCAGACUAUCAUCCUUUUUAGCACAAGCAACUGUUGUGCCCAUUGCGGAUUGGUCAGGCUGGUAUGGCUAUGGUUUCUGGUUUUCUGCUUUCUUGUGUGUCUUUUCACUCCUUGUUAAUCUGAUUUAUAUUGUCUUGUUAAAAGCUGUCUCUGACUUUGAUCAAAAACAUUGUCAAGUUCAACAGCAAGUCAUUGAACGCAAAAAGUCAUUUAGUUGGUCCAAACUUAUGUAUUUACCACAUUCUUACUGGCUGAUUGCCUCUAUGGAAUUCUUGCUGGGUGGUGCUUGGGGCUGUUUUCUUCAUAUCAAUAGCGAGUUUGUUAAAUUCCAAUUUGGUUAUCCAGACUCUCAAGCUGCUGCAGUCGCAAGUGUUGCUCAACUCUUACCUAUUUUUUUGAUGCCCGUUUUAGGUCUCUGUGUUGACAAAUUUGGCAAGCGUACAUGGAUGAUGAUGGGUGCUGGUAUUACGUUCUUAGCAUCUAUCUUAUUGCUUCAGUUCACCAAGUUAAAUCCUCUUUUGGGCAUGAUUAGUUUUAGUAUGAGUCUGACCCUUGGUCCUGUUGCACUUGUGUCUUCCAUUCCCGUGAUUUUACCUCUCUCUUUAGUGGGCACGGGUAUGGGUCUAGUCAAAUCAGGCACUAACAUUGGCGCUUCUCUGUUUGACAUUAUCACCGGCCUACUUCAAGACCAUGAUGUCAAAAAAGGUUACAGAGGUGUUAUGGUGUUUUUUGUUUUAAUCGGCAUUCUGUCUGUCUUGUCUAGUGUCAUUUUGUUUGUUUUAGAUCGAGCCAUCUAUGGAAACACACUGGAUGCUCAUAAAUCAACCAACAUCAACUCAGGCAGAAAACGCCUAUUGUUAAACAAGAAACUCAAGAUCAAUUAUCUUUAUGGCGGUAUUUAUGUGGGCCUCAUCAUUACUAGUUGGAAUCUUUUUUUCCGUUUUGUACUUUUUUAAUGUGUUAUCAUCAUAAGGAUAUAAAAG